UACGUAGCUUAAUCCUUGAGAUGCGUUCGAGGUCACAUCGUGUGGUCCACGACCUUGCCGCCGCCGCAGCUGCCGAUUCCACUCCUGGGUCAUCGCAAGAUUAUCGCUGGUCAGAUAUCCCUGAAGAGCUUUUAAGGGAGAUUCUAAUUCGGGUUGAGGCGGCGGACGGUGGCGGAUGGCCGUCACGACGCAGCGUGGUGGCUUGCGCCGGCGUUUGCCGUGGCUGGCGGCUACUUAUGAACGAAACCGUCGUUGUCCCUGAGAUCUCUUCUAAGUUGACUUUCCCCAUCUCUCUCAAGCAGCCUGGUCCAAGGGAUUCUCUGGUUCAAUGUUUUAUCAAACGUAAUCGAAUUACGCAAUCAUAUCAUCUUUAUCUUGGAUUAACCAACUCUUUAACGGAUGAUGGGAAGUUUCUGCUUGCUGCGUGUAAGUUGAAGCACACAACUUGUACUGAUUACAUUAUCUCUUUACGUUCUGAUGAUAUGUCGAGGAGAAGCCAAGCGUAUGUUGGCAAAGUGAGAUCGAACUUCCUAGGAACAAAAUUCACCGUCUUUGAUGGAAAUCUGCUACCUUCAACGGGAGCCGCUAAGUUGAGAAAGAGCCGAUCUUCUAAUCCCGCAAAAGUUUCACCAAAAGUGCCUCUGGGAAGUUACCCUGUUGCUCAUAUCACAUACGAGCUGAAUGUCUUAGGAUCCCGGGGACCAAGAAAGAUGCAAUGUGUAAUGGAUACAAUACCUACAAACGCAAUGGAGUCCCAAGGAGUAGCUUCAGAACCAUCUGAGUUUCCCUUCCUCGGUACUCGGUCAACUUUCUCCAGGUCUCAGUCGAAACCAUUACGCUGCAGCUCAAGCCACCUGAAAGAAACACCAUUAGUGCUGAGCAACAAGACACCACGGUGGCACGAGCAGCUACGUUGCUGGUGCUUGAAUUUCCAUGGCCGUGUCACAGUAGCAUCAGUGAAGAACUUUCAGCUCGUGGCAGCAGCAGCAGCUAGCGGUGGCGGUGGCGGUGGGACGGGAUUGUCACCAGAGAGGCAGAACGAGCGGAUUAUAUUGCAGUUUGGGAAAGUCGGGAAAGAUAUGUUCACGAUGGAUUAUGGAUACCCGAUCUCAGCUUUCCAGGCUUUUGCCAUUUGCUUGAGCAGCUUUGAGACUAGAAUCGCUUGUGAAUGAUUUAUAAGACUUUGUUAAGAUAUCCCUGUAUUUAUCUUUUAAGAGCAAUUUGUAGCCUUCUGUAAAUUGUGUUCUUUUAAAAAAACAAUGAAUCGUUGUCUUGUAUUUGAUGAUGUUACAGUUCCUUUUGUUUUGUAGCAUUUUUGUAAUUUGCGAUCUUGCAAUAACAUCAACUCUAUUGC